GAAACGGCUUCCGCAGUCUUGCUGAAAAGUGAAAAAGAGAGCCACCUCCCCCCGGUACAAUUAAUACCUUCCUUCGUGGUAUGAAGCCACGCCCUUGAAUUCUGUUUCUGCGCGACCGGUUCUGGAGUUACACUGUCAACAAUAAUUUUGCGGUAGAUGCCUGUUACAUAUAGUAUACGCAUUGAUAAAUUAUUUCAUUGGCCAGCCUACAUAUAAUGUUUGUCUGUUCGUAGUUGUUUCUGUUUGCCAGCACUUUCUGAAUCGUCUUGUCUCAUUAAUUGACUACUGUUCUACCAGGAAGGUUAGCCAAAGGCAAUAGCGACCAUGCUGACAGUUAAAAGAGUUGUGAAGACAGUUUUGAGUGUGGAGCAGGCAGAAGGUUUGGGAGCCCGUGUCCGCAGAAGCAUUGGGAGAAAAGAGCUGAUGAAUCUGGAUCCUUUCUUGAUGUUAGAUGAAUUCAGAGUGAGCAAACCAGCUGGCUUCCCUGACCAUCCUCACAGAGGCUUUGAGACAGUGACAUACCUUCUGGAAGGUGUCUCUGCCCAUGAGGAUUUCUGUGGCCACUCAGGACUGCUGAAUGCUGGGGAUUUACAGUGGAUGACUGCCGGCCGUGGGGUUGUCCAUGCCGAGAUGCCCGUGUCAGACGAGCCCAUCCACGGUCUCCAGCUAUGGGUCAACCUGAGGGGCAAAGACAAGAUGGUGGAGCCCCAGUACCAAGAGCUAAAAAGUGGCCAGAUUCCCAAGCCCAGCAAGGAAGGGGUCACAAUUGGCGUCAUCUCUGGACAGGCCUUGGAGGUACAGUCACAAAUCUUCACCAGGACUCCAACAAUGUUCCUGGACUUCAAGCUGGAUGGAGGUGCCAAGCAUGUCCAACCCAUUCCUUCAGGGUGGACCACAUUUAUCUACACGCUGGCAGGGUCAGUUCAUUUUGGUCCAGAUGAGGAGCAGCAGGAAGUUAUGCCUCAUCAUACUGUUGUAUUUGGUGAUGGAGAUGGUGUGAAAGUAGAAAAUAAGACAUUGGAUAUCGCUCACUUUGUACUGAUAGCGGGGCAGCCCAUCAAUGAACCUGUGGUCCAACAAGGUCCGUUUGUGAUGAACACCCAGGAGGAGAUCAACCAGGCCAUCAGAGACUACAGGAAAGAAACAAAUGGCUUUGAGAGAGCUAAAGGGUGGAGAUCAAAAAUCAGGGAUGGUUGUUAAGCAGCAGCAACAGCCACUUACUUCAUACGUUUACAGACUCUUUUGUGUCAUAACUAUUUACUCUUUGAACGUUGUUUGUUUGAUUGGCUUCUUAUAAGUGUUUCUAUAGUAAAACGUUUUGCACAUGGAUAUACACUCACUAUUCCGACAAAACCAUUAAACUGAAAUGCCAAGUCAGUGAUGAAAAUGGACCUUCAGUUUCACCACUUUAAAUGUGUCAUGCUGUGAUUUCUAUUAAAGCUUGCUAAUUUAA